AGCAGCGAAGAGAGCAAUUACGUUGACGGCUGGCUAAGCGGUGUAUUGCUGAUUCUCCCAGGUUUUCUUCAAAAUUUUGCCAUCAAUAUCACUUUAAAUACAACACCAAGGUUAUGUCAACUGCAAAGAGAAGGAGAUGGCAUAUUCCUGCCUCUGUCACAGCCAAAACAACAUUCAACCCAAUAAGAUCUAUUGUAGAUAGAAUGAAGAUAACACCAAACCCUGAGAAACAGAUGAUUGCUUUGUCUAUUGGGGACCCAUCGGUGUUUGGAAAUUUGGAACCUUGUCCUGAGAUGAUUGACGCAGUUGUCAAGUGUGUAAAACAGUCCAAACAUAAUGGAUAUGCUCCUUCAACAGGUUAUAUCAAAGCACGUGAGGCCAUUGCUGCAGAACAUUCCUUUCCCUUAUCUCCAAUAACUUACAAGGAUGUUGUUUUGGCAUGUGGAUGUUCUGGCGCUUUGGAGCUCGCUCUCGAUGUCCUCCUUAAUCCUGGUGACAAUGUUCUUCUACCCAAACCAGGCUUCUCUAUUUACCAGACACUAAGUAUUUCACGAGGUCAUGAAGUCAGGCAUUACAACCUCUUGGUAAGAAAUAAAAAGAUCUCUAACUACUUUGCAAAAGGAUUGUUUUCUUCUGUUGUACAUUUGUUGCUAAUUUGUGAUUUUACAGCAUCUAAAAAAAUAAUAGAUAUUUUUCAUUAUUUCGUAAAUUAUAAUUAUAAAAAAGUAAUAAAUCUCGUAUUAAAAAAGAGGACAUUCUACACACUACAUUUCAUAAUAUUUUUGUCUCACUUUAAGGUUAUGUCAACUGCAAAGAGAAGGAGAUGGCAUAUUCCUGCCUCUGUCACAGCCAAAACAACAUUCAACCCAAUAAGAUCUAUUGUAGAUAGAAUGAAGAUAACACCAAACCCUGAGAAACAGAUGAUUGCUUUGUCUAUUGGGGACCCAUCGGUGUUUGGAAAUUUGGAACCUUGUCCUGAGAUGAUUGACGCAGUUGUCAAGUGUGUAAAACAGUCCAAACAUAAUGGAUAUGCUCCUUCAACAGGUUAUAUCAAAGCACGUGAGGCCAUUGCUGCAGAACAUUCCUUUCCCUUAUCUCCAAUAACUUACAAGGAUGUUGUUUUGGCAUGUGGAUGUUCUGGCGCUUUGGAGCUCGCUCUCGAUGUCCUCCUUAAUCCUGGUGACAAUGUUCUUCUACCCAAACCAGGCUUCUCUAUUUACCAGACACUAAGUAUUUCACGAGGUCAUGAAGUCAGGCAUUACAACCUCUUGCCGGAAAGAUCCUGGGAGAUUGAUAUUGAUCACCUUGAAUCACUGAUUGAUGACCGAACAAAAGCCAUACUUGUGAACAAUCCUUCUAACCCUUGUGGCUCAGUUUAUUCCAAAGAACAUCUGGAGGCCAUCCUGGAAGUGGCUGAAAAAUACAUGAUUCCUAUCAUUGCUGAUGAAGUGUAUGAGUAUGCAGUGUUUCCUGGAUACAAGUUUUACCCUCUUGCUCAGUUAUCAGAGAAUGUCCCCAUCCUAACUUGUGGUGCAAUUUCAAAAAGGUUCCUUGUGCCUGGUUGGCGACUGGGGUGGGUUCUUAUCUACGACAAAAAUGAAGCAUUCACAACUGAGGUACGGCCUGGACUAAUUGCACUAUCACAACAAAUCCUGGGUCCAAACACACUUAUCCAAGGAGCUCUACCAGAGAUCUUGGCCAAUACACCACAAAGCUUCUUUGAAAACUCUAUGAAGGUCAUUCAGAAAAAUGCCGAAAUAUGCUAUGAUGCACUUCUUAGAAUCCCUGAGCUCAAACCCAUAAUGCCUUGUGGAGCAAUGUACAUGAUGGUUGGUAUUGACAUUGCCAAACUAGAUGGUAUUAUAGAUGACUUGGAUUUCACAGAGAAACUGAUAUCUGAACAGUCAGUGUUUUGUCUGCCAGGAAAGUGCUUUCAGUAUCCAAAUUACUUCCGGAUUGUACUGACAAUACCAGAAGAAAUGACACAGUUGGCUUGCAAAAGAAUCAAUGAGUUUUGCAAAACUCACAGAAAGAGUGAAGUCCACCAUACUUUCAGUGCGUACAGUGUGCUAUGUAAAAACAUGUUUCAAUUUCUUCCACAGAAAAAUGCCGAAAUAUGCUAUGAUGCACUUCUUAGAAUCCCUGAGCUCAAACCCAUAAUGCCUUGUGGAGCAAUGUACAUGAUGGUUGGUAUUGACAUUGCCAAACUAGAUGGUAUUAUAGAUGACUUGGAUUUCACAGAGAAACUGAUAUCUGAACAGUCAGUGUUUUGUCUGCCAGGAAAGUGCUUUCAGUAUCCAAAUUACUUCCGGAUUGUACUGACAAUACCAGAAGAAAUGACACAGUUGGCUUGCAAAAGAAUCAAUGAGUUUUGCAAAACUCACAGAAAGAGUGAAGUCCACCAUACUUUCAGUGCGUAAAUGGUUAAUACUGUUGGAGUUAUUGGGUCAUGUGUAAAUAAUAUAAUGUUGAUAUAAAGGUUGGUGAGACUAAAGGUUUCUGCUGUGAGCAGCAAGUUUUACAUUUAAAAUUGUAUUUUUUCAAACUUUCAAAAUUUCACACUUCACUGUUCAGAUCAACAUCAUACUUUUUCUGUCUGGCGAUGUUUUUAGAAGUUAGUUAUUUUUCUGUGAUUGUCUUGAUAAGGUCAUUGACAGGCUUCUGUGAGUGCCUGUUCUAUGAAAUGGCAAUUAAAUGCAAGCCAGAGCCAUUUAUGGCAAAAAGAGAAUUUGGAUCAUGUGUCCUAAAGGCAUCCGAGGUCGAGUGUUGAUCGAUAACCUCAAUCAAUACCCUCCAUUGAUACCCUUGAUCAAUACUUGCUCGGCAUUCCACUGAUACCUCCCUUGACACUUGAUCAACAAUCCAUCAACAUCUUGGUCAAAAGUCGGUUAACAGUCAGCUAAUUUUCAAUCGAUGCAUAUCAGUCGGCUGACACUCAGCUGACAAUGAAUGUUGAUCAAGUGUCGAUCGAGUGUCAACUGAGUAUCGAUCAAGAACCAAUCAAAGGUAUCGAUCGACACUCGACCUUGGAUGCCUUUAGUACAGCUGAUCCGAAUCCUCUUUUUGACAAUGCAAUAAAUGGCUCUGGCUUCUCCAUAUGCUGAAAGAUAUAUACUAAAUAUAUAUGUUUUAAAUAAUUUACAGUUAGAGGGGUGCUGGAUGGUAAAUACAAGACUUUGUGAGACAAGGAUCUUUUCUGUCAGCCUGAAAUAUUUGUAAAAGGGCUGUAUAAAAAAAUAGUAAAAUAUACAAUAAUGCAAUGUAUUCAUAGCAGUAGCAGUUUGUAAAGGCUGAGAUUUGCAGUACAAAAAUGGUUUCUCUUUCAUCAUGAUGUUCUUUAGAAUGUGCUGUUUGAAUAAUGCCAAGGUGUAAAAAAUUUGGUUAAAAUUUGAUGGCAAAUAAAUUUCAACAACAAAUGAGAUGCAUACAAGUUUUAGAACAAAUGUUUUGUAUUUCAAAUAUCAGGUUUGGAAACUGUAAGCUACAGAUAUAUACAGCUAUUAUUAUUAUUAUUAGCUGAAUAAAAUAUUUCUACUUUUAUAACAUCAAGGCACAGCUUAAGAAAUAUUUAAAUAAUGUUAACUUUGUAUGAAAGGCCUUCAUUGUAAUUUCUCAAGAAUCCCUAAAUGUUAUAUUACUGUAAGCUCAGCUGGUUAAAUAUCUACAUUAAUUAUUUAAGAGUUAAAAAUAAUCCAUAGAACGUAAUAUAUUGCAUGUGUACAUGUACAUAAUUGCAUGUCAUUGUUAGCUGAAUAAAAUAGUUCUACUUUUACAUGUAUAACAUCAAGGCAUUGGACACAACUUAAGAGUAUUUAAAUAAUGUUAGUUUUGUAUGAAAGGUCUUCUUUCCAAGUUUUCAAGAAUCCUUAAAUGUUAUAUUAAGCUCAGCUGGUUAAAUUUCUAUAUAUUCAUUAUUUAAGAGUAAAAAAUAAUUCAUUUGUUAGUGUACAUGUAUAUAAUUGCAUUUAAAUUAUGGGAACAGUAAUAAAUUAGAUGUUACAGAGUUCAGACAUGCAUCUUGUUUUGUUGUCAUAGAAGAGGGACAUUUCUGUGUAGCCCAAGUCUCAAAGCACUUGUCUGCCCUUUCAAAGCUCAAGAGUUCUGAGAAAUUAACUAUGAGUAGAUGGUCAUUUUUUCCAGCAGUCGACUAGUUUUGAUAACCCUGUUAACACCAUUCCGAGAUCCAAGUUCACUAACAUUUACAUCUAUGCACAUUUACAUCCAAGUUCACUAACAUUUACAUCUGUUGCUCUCUUGAAUCAGAGAUUAACUGUAUUGAGCAGUAAUGUCACAGAUUGGUAAACAAUUUUGCAGAAAAAUUUGAAACCGAGUCAACAAUCUGCAGAGCAAUGCAUAUGUUUAAGAUUUUAACGUCAAAUCUCAUCUCUCAGCUGUUCAAGACAACAUUUCAGAAAAAGAAACCCCUUUCCAUCUUUCCAUUGAGUUAUAUACUGUAGAAACACAAGUGGAAGUUUGGGAGAACAAUAAAAUAUAUUCUAUGGGAACACAAGGCAGAGGCAAAUGCCUCCCAACUUUUUUGAAGCCAUCUUUUCUAAGAAUCAGAACUUUCUUCCAGUGGCCAGUUACUUGUGACAUCCUUCAUCAAAACCUUUUUCAGUGCCAUAUACUGCCAAUAAGUUUGUUGAUAAUAAGUCUGCCACCUCCUAGCCUCUCAAACAAUUUGAAAAGACUGACAUUGCACACUCACAGAAAUUAAGUAUUGGUGAAACAUGCAUGAAGCACAUGCAGGAAGCAAAACUAGUUUUUAUAUGGGUUUGGGUGGGGUGGGGAGGGGGGCUCAAACUUAAAACCUUCCAUGGGGUAGGAUAGUUAUUUUCUUGAACAACAAAUUUCAGGCUAUGAAUUUCAUUUCAUUGCCAAACUUACUGUAUGUAACAGGUACAUGGAAAAAAUCACAAAUUGCUGACUUUCUUUAGCAUGUCAAAUGUAAUCAGGCAAUUAUUUUGGUUUUACAUACAGUAGCACAGUUCAGUGAGAUUGGCUGAGUAGUCUAAUUAUAGUAUUUAAUUUGGUUUUGGUUUUAAAAGUCAACACUCAAUAGAAAACCACUCUAAUCAUGACAACUGCUAAAUCACUCUCUAGUCAUUUGAUUCAGUGACAAAGUACAGUUGUUUUGUGUAUAUCCGAAAUUUGUAUCUACCUUGUGGGGACUAUUUAGGAGGAAAAUAAUGAUUUCCCUGUCAAGAUUAGGAUACGAGCCAUGUGACCCAUCAGGACAGUGCUUAUCCCUGGUGUCUGUAGCAUGAAGUGAUUAGGUCGAGUAUUUCUACUCCCCCCUGGAUGGGAUGCUAGUCCAUUGCAGGGCUACCCCCUGCAUUAAAUUCAUCAAUAACCAUUCAUACACCUAGAUGGAGAGAGGCACUGUGAGAGUAAAGUGUCUUGCCCAAGAACAGAACACAAAAUCCCCUGUCAGGGCUCGAUCUCGAAUUGCUCAAUCCAGAGAAGAGCGCACUAACCAUGAGGCCACAGUGCCUCCACCUUGUACCUCAAGAUUAGCUCGACGGAAACCUUGCAAUGUUGUGUAUGAGCAGAUGCUCGUGUACACAAUUAUUGACCCAAGAAAUUAUGCACAGCAGGAUUUACCGUGCAAUGCAUUUGAGUGGCAUCACCUUAACAUUUAAGAACUACACAUGUAUACAUACUUUUUCUUCUAUUUAUUAAUUCCUCACCAGAUUACAUCCAGAUUACAAAAAAGUAAUGUUAAUAUUAUCUAUUUUCUUUGUCUCUCUAGUUGUUUGUGAUGCAUUAUUUUGUUACUUAAGUAAUCUGAUAAUAACUGAUCUGCCUAGACUAGCUUAAUGCUAACAGUGUAUCAGUUUUAUAUUGGUAUUAAUUUUUAAAUGCGAUUGAAAUAAAGUGUGUAGGUUGGUUUUCUCCCGAGAGGGCAUUCACCCAAUCAUUUAGCAAAAAGUACUGGGAUUCUACAGUCUACAAUAAUGCUCCCACCCCUCCCCUCCGUGUUUACCUGUAUCAAUACAAGUAGCUACAUUGGGAGGUUGAAACGUGCAAAAUCACCAUUAAAAAAUGUGCGAACUGCCAUGUUCACUACUUUCACAAAUGUAACCGCAUGAAGCGAUACGAAAGCAGGAAUGCACGGCAAAUCGUUUGUUUUACUUUUCACUGCUGUCAAUUAAACAUGCAUUGAUCGCCUUCAAACCACGCAGAACAGAGCAAAAGAAAGGACACAGGGCAAGCCCUUGAAUACAGAAAGUGAACUUACUCACGGCUGCAUUCCCCAAAAUUUUGCAUCAUGUCCGGCAACAAAGGCGAGUGCAUUUUGCAGUGUUGGAUCCACGCUCGUUCGACUCUCUUCCAAGGUUUCUUGUUCGAAGCUCAAAUCCCCGUGUCGUGUGUGAAAGAUUACCCCCAAAAACACACCCGACGAGUGCAGUGAAGACAGAGCUUUACGUAUUGCUCAGAAACUGAG